UUAAUUAAAAAAAUGAAGGAAUUAGAUAAAUUGGAGCAGUGAGGGUUGGGGAGUGGGUAACAAAUUAAUGUGGGCAAGAGAUGUCGACACUCUCUCCCUCAUCCUCCUGCAAAACGUCGCUACUCGGUUUCUUUCCCUCUUGUAACCCUUCCAUUCGUCAAACCAUGUCGACAUUUUCCCUCACCAUUUCAAACUCUGUUCUCUUCCUCUCUCUCUCUCUCUCUUCGACAUCGUCACACAGCCAAGCUUCCCCCUUUCGGGCUCCGACACCGCACCAUAAAAUCCCAAUUACCCACGCCAUUGCCGCCGUCUUACUUGCUCCUGUUUCGAAUCACAACCCAAAGCUCCUCCCAUGUUAUUCAUUGAGGAUCUGCUGCCGGAGCUCUACCUCGAGCGUGUCAGAGGAAGGAUUCGAGUUUUUUCAGAGUCCCUUCUGAGCACGUUCUCCGAAUCAAUGUCGAACGCCGGUUGUCACCGCAUAGAGUUAGACACCUGCCGAGACGACUCGGCCGCAUUGGUACUAAAGACGAUAGCAAUCGCUUCAAUUCUCAUCGCAGGAUUCGCCGGCGUCGCCAUCCCCCUGGUGGGCAAGCGGCGGCGAUUCCUCCGCACCGAUAGUAACCUCUUCGUCGCCGCCAAAGCCUUCGCCGCCGGCGUCAUCCUCGCCACCGGGUUCGUGCACAUGCUCCCCGACGGGUCGUCCGCGUUGUCCGAUCCGUGCUUACCCGAAUAUCCCUGGUCCAAGUUCCCCUUCGCCGGGUUCUUCGCCAUGAUGGCUUCGCUGGCCACUCUGCUUGUCGACUUCGUGGGAACUCAGUACUACCAGAGGAAGAGCGAGUCGGCACGAGCGGCGGACCGAGUCGGAGCGCAGAACUCGGUGUCCGGAUCGGAUAUAGUUCCGAUUGAGCGGGUUGACGGUGCGAAGGAUUGGAACGGGAGAGUGUUUGGGGAAGAGGAAGGGGGUGGGAUGCACAUAGUGGGGAUGCAUGCGCACGCGGCGCACCAUAGGCACAACCACCCCCAUGGGCAGGAGGCCUGUGAGGGGCAGCACUCGCAUGGGCAUUCUCACGGGUUCGGAGAUGGAGACGAGGAGGAUGGUGUUCGGCACGUCGUCGUUUCACAGAUUCUGGAACUUGGGAUUGUGUCACACUCCGUGAUCAUUGGGCUCUCUUUAGGUGUUUCACAAAGCCCUUGUACCAUAAGACCCUUAAUUGCAGCACUAUCCUUCCACCAGUUCUUUGAAGGUUUUGCGCUUGGAGGGUGCAUCUCACAGGCUCAAUUUAGAACCCUCUCCACCGCCCUUAUGGCAUUCUUUUUUGCUAUUACUACUCCAGCAGGAAUUGGCAUCGGAAUAGCAAUAUCUUCAUUUUACAACGCGGACAGCCCAAGAGCACUGAUUACCGAAGGCAUCUUUGAUUCUGUAUCAGCUGGAAUUCUGGUGUACAUGGCUUUGGUGGACCUAAUUGCUGCCGAUUUCCUCAGCAAGAGGAUGAGCUGCAAUGUAAAACUCCAAGUGGUGUCUUAUUUUGCCCUAUUUCUGGGGGCUGGGUUGAUGUCUUUGCUUGCAAUAUGGGCUUGAUUUUGAUGGCUGUAAUUUUCUCCCCCGCUCUUGAAUGUUCUUUUUUUCUCUUCUCUUGUAAGAGAAACCUUAAAAUGUGAAAUGAUUCAUCAUUCUUUUUUAUCGGUGUAAAGCAGAAGAGUGAAGGCGGAAGGGAAGAAUGCAUUGUAGUAGUUUGAGCUUGUGGCGAUCAGAAUCUUUAUUGGGUUCUCAUUUAUAGGAGGGUUGGGAAUAAGCGUAGGCAUCGAGCUUGAUGCCUAUGCCGCAUCAAGCUCAAUGUCAUGUUACGGAUGAAAUUAAAUUAAUUUUUUCCAUUGAUAACUUCUCCCUGUAAACUUCUUUCAGAGGUAAUUUUCCGUGGCUUAGUCAAUGGCACACUUCACCUAAAACAGAAGCCAAUGAACAGAAGCUACUUUUCCUUUGCGUACCAGCAGGAAAGAAGAAACCCAUGUAGACAGCUAUCUGUUGUGUUUUUCUUGUUGAACCAAUCUGUUAUUAAGCAAUUUUUAAAGCAUACUAUGCAUUAUUUCC